ACAACAGGAACGCUUCAAGGUUUUCGUUGUCGUUACGGGAGAGCCCCAGGCAAUCUUACAUGCAUAGACUUCUGCAGUGUCGUAUAAAUAUAUGAUUGCUUGCUCAUUUUGUUGAUCGCCGAAUAAACCCUAGUUGUAUUCAAUACUAGUUUGAUCGAAAGCGAUACAAGAAAUUUAUUGUUGUGCCUGUUGCAGUUCCAUAAUGAUAAUACCGUAAUCGUAAUGUCUAAAAACAUAAGUGCAAAGCUUGGUCCAACCGCCUCAAUGGUGAAUUUUCUCAGGUCAUCAGAAAAAUGCGACAGAAGAACGCGAUCCUAUUGUAAACUGUUCUCUGCGAGUAGAUCAAAAAUGCGCGAUCAUACAAGGUCAUACAAACUUUCGUUUAUUUUUACUCUUUUUCAUCCCCAGCGUCACUUUUUUUACCAACUGAACGACAACCAAUGAGCCACUGUUUUUUGAUUGAGUAAGUGUGUGAUAUACUGCUCGUUUGAAAAACUGAAAUCUCAAAGGUGAAAAGGUGCUGCAAAUCCCGUCGACGCGUGAACUUGAACGAGGAGGUCGUGAGUUCAUACAAAUACUAGAUUUCAAUAAAAACAAUGAAUUCUUAUGACAUUGAUGCUUCUAUUUGAUGUGCUUGAUGCCAUUGUUUAAAUUUCAUCUUACCAAAAAUUUUCAGUGAAUCUUCUGCUUAUAGAUGCUGUUUGUAAUACUUACACUGCUUUCUUAUGGUUUUACUGAUGCUCCCUAGAACGAAUGAUGCUUGUCGUAAUGCGUAGUGAUGGAUGAGUGAAUGCUUGCAUUUCUAUUGUCCUAAUGUACUUGAAUCACAUACAAAAAGGUGCCCGGAAAGAGAACUACGUCCAUCAUUGCGGCUCUUCACCGGUGUAGGAGUAUUACUUACCGAUGUCAUACGAUGAAUUUAGAAAAACUUAGUUUAUCGAUCCUUUCAUUCUACGAUCCUUCAUGCUGUAGGUCAUUGUAGAUGAAAACAAAUCCAUGCUAUCUCCGCUCUCGUGAACUGCGCACACAAACAACAGUUUUGGCUACUUGCGUGCGACAAGAACGCGAUACGAUUUAAAGCGAACAAUAAAUAAGCGACAAGAACAAGAUGGAGCCAGCUCAGGUACUUUUUGAUUAAAAUAUAUUUAGAUUUUCUGAACUGAACGAGGUGCUACUACGAACAAGAAUCUUCCUCCCCCACCUCACAUCACAAACCACCUUAAUAACAUAAAAAACAAAAUCUAAUGACUACAGGGCAAUGUUGCGGACGCGCCGGCUGCAGGCGACAACAACGUUCCGGCGCAAGCCGGUGAGCAGUCGGCUGGCGGCAUGGACAUGAUGGCUAUGCAGCAACAAAUGAUGGCAAUGAUGAUGCAACAGCAAAUGAUGGGUAUGAAUCCUAUGGCUGCCAUGAUGGCCAGCAUGAACCCUCAAAUGGCUGCUAUGAUGAUGCAGAUGGGCAACAUGAUGGCAGGUGCUAAUGCGGCCGCUGCGAACAAUAACCCUGCUGACGGAGUAGCAGCUGGUGGCGCAUCAUCUGGCGAUGACACGGCGAACAAGGGUGACUCACCAAGUGGUGGAGAAAAGAAGCUGAUGAAUCCUACCCUUUCCGGUGCUGGUAUGAUGGGAUUGAUCCCGCCAAGCAGUAUGCAGCAAAACAGCGGUCCGGACAUGAUUAGCGUGGUCGGCCCCAGUGGGCAAAUGAUCCAGGUGCAUCGUGCUGGCAGCAGUAUGGGCGAAGUGGAGCGAGCACAAGAAGCCAACAUCACCAACGGUAAGCGGUAUCUCGCGCGGGUGAAAAACUACAUGCCAGAUAAGGGAUACGGUUUUUUGUGGUCACCCGAAAUAGAGGAGGAAUUCAAAAGCGACGUUUUCCUCCACGUCUCCGAAUUAGGCCGCCUCGAAGGCAUUGACCCAACAAGGGGACUUUUCCAAAACACACUUCUCAACUUUGAAGUGCACGUAAAUAAGCAGGGAAAACCACAGGUAUAAUUUCUAUUUUGUCCUACUAGUACGUGCCACUGGGUUCGUGUUGAUUUUCUAAUUUGAUAGUUCCCAGACAAAAAAGAAAACUCUACUUUCAGUUUUCCAAAGAAGGUUUUUUCACUUCGAGAGCAAUACAACAGGUACGAGAUCUGCGUUUCCCGGCUCCAGGAGAGGGAGAGGAUGUCCCGAUGCUAGGAGGCGGCAAAGGCAUGGACAAGGGCAAAGGCAUGUUCGAUGACAGAGGGAAAGGAAAGGGGUUCGAUAAAGGCUUCGGCAUGAAAGGCGGCAAGAACUUCGGAAUGGGACCACCAGGUACGAUUUAUACUGAAGAUGGUUUGGAAUUUCUGUUCAAUUGAUCCUGCUGCUGCUAUUUUCGACUCGAUUAUUUACCAGUAGAAUGAUAUUUCUAAUACUUCUUCAGUUGUUUUGAAAAAUAUCUACUUUUCCUAGAGACGAUAGUUAUCUACUUCGUUCACUAACAUUAGUACUAUAUAACUACUUGCAUGUUGAAGAUGAACUACUUUCUUACUACUACAACAGGUCCAAUGAUGGGUCCGAUGGGUCCUAUGAUGGGUGGCCCACCUGGGAUGAUGCCGCCAGGUCCUCCCGGUUUCAAUCCAGCAAUGCCAGGAGGUGGGAUGAUGGGGCCUUGUGGAAUGAUGCCUCCCAUGCCAGGAGGCAUGAUGCCUGGCAUGGGAAUGCCUGGAGGUGGAAUGCCAGGAGGUGGAAUGCCAGGAGGACUUCCUGGAAUGCCAGGAGGAGUUCCUGGAAUGCCAGGGGGAGUUCCUGGUCAAGCCGCUGGAGGCGAUAUUGCAAAUAGUACUGGUGUCAGUGGGGCUGCCCCAGAGGGAGUCGGAGAAGAUACAACGCCAACUGGAGCAACAGAGCAAGGGAUGAAAGCUAUGACUGGCGGCGACGGAACGAGUCCGGCGUCGAAGCCUCGAGGAGGAGGAGGAGGAAAAUCGCCGAGUUUCGGUUUCAGUGGGAAGGGAAAUAACAGCAAUAACCCGAAUCUUUUGCCUCUUGGAGGUGGCGGUGGCGCAAUGGGAGGCGGUCCGCCUCCUCCAAUACCAGGUGGUCCUGGAGGCAUGAUGGAUGCCGCGCAGCAGCAGCAGAUGAUGCAACAACAGCAGCAAAUGAUGAUGCAACAGCAGCAGCAACAGCAGAUGCUGAUGCAGCAGCAGAUGAUGCAACAACAGCAACAACAGCAGAUGAUGAUGGCCGCUAACGGAGGCCUUCCGCCGCCGAUACCCGGCGUCGUGCCGCCACCGGCGAUACCCGGAAUGCCGCCACAGCAGCAGCCGCCGCCACCGGUUAACCCGUUCAAUGCGACGCAGCUGAUCAGCGAGAACCAACAGCAGCAGACUCCAGCAGAUGCAGGUGCCAGUGUCGAACUAGAGGUGAACAAGUUCACGGCAAUGCUCACACAGGGCUUGCUCGACCACAAGGAACGCGUUGCGGCCAAUGAGAGUGUCCAACAUUUAGACAGUGUAGGAAGUAUGCCACCUGCGAUGCCAAGCAAUAGUGGCAGUAUGAUGCAGAAUAACGGGAAUCCUUUGCUGCGAUCGGCACCCUUCUUGGCGCCAGACAGCGAAGAAUUGCUAGACCAAAGAGACCUAGGAUUACAGCGCGACGCAAAAGCAGAUAACUUUUUGCCGACAGCAACAGCUAUGUCAGUGGCGAUGCCUCAGAAACCCCAAAUGCAGAAAAGCGGUCGGGACAGAAGUCGAGGUAGGGAUCGAGACCGUGGACGCAGGAGGUAUUUUUUAUUUUUCUUUACAGAGUUAGAGUGGUUAGAUAGUGUUGUUGUUGUUGUUGUUGAUUUUUUUAGGUCGUUAAUCUCUUGUUGAUUUUCGUUUAGGUGUCCUCGCCCUGCUUUGAAUCUUCAACGCGAAGAAUUUUGUUUAGGUGUCCUCGCCCUGCUUUGAAUCUUUCUCUAAGUGAGGAGGCUUUUUAAGAAAUUGAUGUUUGUCUACUUCCCGUGCCCGUCAUCCCUUCUCGUAAAAUCCCAGGUCUAGGUCACGAUCACGUUCACGAGGUCGCCGGGGCGGCUUUGAUAAACCAAGUGGGGCUAAAGCCGAAAUCGGAAAACUAGUAGCGACACGUGGUCAAUGGGCUGAGUAUGUCCAUAGCGAGGGGACCUAUUGGGUCCACGUCCUCACAAAGGAAAGAACGAACGAGAAGCCAACGGAUUUCGAGGUACUAUAUUAAAACAGGAUGAUUUUUAUUGCUCUAUCUAGAAAAAGAUGAAGAGGAACAUGAAUUCUUGGUCUAAUCGUAUAAUGUCUUAGUCUCUAGAUUCACACUGACUACAACGCUUCUCCACUCUGAAUUUCGUUUUGUAGCAUCGCUCCUUCCAUCCUCCUGGACUACAUCGACAGAGAAUCUUCACACAUUCCAAAAAUUUCAAUUUCCUUUUACAUCAACAGGUUCGCGCUUCUCGCGAUAGCAGUGGCAAGACGCGCGCGCAUGGCACCAACGACCCUUCGUGUAUUUACAUUCAAAAUUGUCCCCUAACCUGGGGCCAGACGGAGCUCCGACAGCACUUCCAGCAGUUUGGGACUAUCCUCUCUUGCGACGCACCAGCUAGUAUCAAUGACCCUAGUGUAAACCGCGGGUACGCAUUCGUCACCUUCACUAGUGCAGAGGAAGCCAAAUUAGCGCAGUUGACCAUGAACGGCUUCCCUGUGGCGGACGAAAACGAACAAACAAAAAUCAUCCAAGUCUGCAUCAGGGGACAAAGAGCCGUGCAAAGUAAUAAUGAUUACCUACACCUUCUUGUAAGAAGAUCAUGACUCCCAAGUUGUCGUGAUGAAGGAAAAAAAAUUUCUUGAUACCUAGUUACAAGUUGACACAAAUACGUUCUCUAUCUUCACUUUCCGUUCCCGCUGACAUGCUCAACACUCUCCCACCGUCUCUGUCUCCACAAAAAACUAAAGAACUAAGGAACAAUCUCAUCUCCCACUGUCUCCACAAAUCCCUCCUAAACAACAACCUCAGUGGGCGUUCCUGGCGUUGUGGGACAGAUUCCACCGCCAAUGGCUAUUUCGGAUGGAACCGCACCAGGUGUCAUGCCUGGUAUGCCGAUGCCGAUGGGCGGCAAUUUCUCCUAGUACUACAUCACAGUAGAAGAAGGGUUUGAGCUGCUUGAAGAAGAAGAGGUUUAACAAACAAGGUGUUUGUAGAAGUAUAGGAGUUCUUGCAGUCGCCGCGUUGUACUAAGUACUACAUCGUGCUUCUAAAGUACUGAUUGCUGACAAGAAUUGGAUAGAAUUAUAUGAUCAUCUUUCUUGUUAACGUAAGAGCAAGACUGUUUGCCUCGAAAAUUGAUUUUCCGAUAAUUUGUCCUCUCCCGACUCCGGGAUGUGGGAACCCCACGAGCACCUCUGACAAUCUUCCCACUUAAAUUAGAACCACAAAGAAUCUUUCCGCGCUUUGUUGCGCGCCCACGUUUUACCACGUUCACCUCUUGACAACGGCACUUUUGCGGAAGGUGAAAAACCACAGCGUGGCUGUACGUACAGCACUAUGCAUAGUAUGACAACGUUAUAUUCUUGGUCGAAGAAA